UGAGUCUAUAAAACCAAAGCUGCUCCAUGGAAAAGGUUCAGUUCUCCCUGGUCUGAAUACUCCCAGAGUGUUUAGUGUUUACCUCCCUAAAGACCCAAACCGAGAAAAACGAGUAAGGAAAAACAUAUCAGAGACCCGCUGGUCUUCUCUUUUCUUCUUAUUUUCUUCCUCAGAUUUCCAUUCCUUUCUUAGACUUUUCCAUCUCCAGAUUCCCGCAAAUUUCAUCAUAUCUAUCUAGAGAUGUCUUGACAUCCCUUCGGUGUCCAUUUCUUUCCCGCCCAUUUCAGCUUCCUCCACUCGAUCUCUUCAAUUGGCUCUCCAGCAAAUAAAGCCAUUGACCGAUCUCUCUUUCUUUCUCUCUCUCUCUCUCUCUCUCUCUCUCUCUCUCUCUCUCUCUCUCUUUCUCCAGCUGAUAAUGGAUUCUUUCGAUUUCGAUAACAUUAAAGCAGAGAAGGCCAACGCGAUGCUCAGGUACCGCCGUAUUCGCAAGAUUGCCAACCUCUUCCGCUUCCUCGAGGCUUGUUUAGCUCUAAUCAUAGUCUCAUGGUUUUCUGCUCGUCUUCCGGUCGCCAUCAAAACCUCCGGCGAGUAUUUCCAAAAGCUAUGCGUGGUACUGGUUAGUCCUCUCUUCGUUUUCUUACUCGGAAACGCUAUCAUCAUCACUCUCUUCAUCAAAUCCGAUCAGUUUUCCGGCCAGACUGCUACCGCAAGCAAUUCCAGCCAUGAUAUAUACGACGAGUUCGUCAAGAACAGCGAAAACCGCCAGAAGAUCCGACCUGAGAGUCCUGAACCGUCACCGGAGGUGAUAGUAUACGAGGACAAGGAGACUGUGAGCGAAGGGAGCACAGCUGCCCGGACUUAUCAAGACGUUCAGAUGAUUUCGAGCACAAAGACUUAUAGGAGGAUUCAGUCGGAGAAAUUCACGCACGAGAGUCGAGAAAAACUGCAUAGAGAGCUAAGGCGGUCGGAAACGGAGAAAUGCCAGAAAGUUAACAGUCCCGACCCCGACGAGAAAGGGGAAGUGACGUCAUAUGCCGAGCCUAUGAGCAACGAGGACGCCGAGGAGUUCCGGCGCAAGAUCGAAGCCUUCAUUGCAAAGCAGCAGAAGUUUCAAAGGGAGGAAUCGAUGGCUAUCAUUCUUCAGAGUCUGAUCAGCUGAUGGUUCCAAUAUGAUAACAAAAAUAAGAAAAUUAACGAAAAUCGAAAAAUAACCGCUGGAAGAAAAAUUGUCUUGUUUUUCCUCAUCUUUGAUUUUGCUUUAAUGCUGCUACACUUAUGUACAGUAUUAACAUUAAUAGCGAUUAAAGUAAAAACGAAAAGAAAGCCAUGGAUUUUGUCCCUUUCUUCAGUUUUCUUAUCGAUGAGAUGAUGACGUGUUCUACUAAUCUGAACCGUUGGAUUAACGUGCUCUAAAAAAGAUGGAAAUGUUAAGUUGAUCCCUCUUAUAUUCUGUAA